ACCGAGCUUCUGUGUUGGGUUUAAUCAAAGGGAAAGCUUAUAGAGAGAGGCAGUUAGCUUUAUCUUUCAACAUGCUUAGUGUAAGCAUUGCAAAAGAGGACAACUAAGGGAGUCAUAUUCCUGUUUUUUUGUUUUGUUUUGUUUUGUUUUGUUUUAUUUAUUUUUUUAACCUUUGGGUUUUUAUUUUUGUUGUCCUUGUUUUGCUAAACGGCUGCGGGAGGUUCAAAGUGAAGGAAUUAUUUUACCUGGAAAAGGAACGUUGCAGAGGUAGCAGAAAAAAAAGUUUCCUCGGUGGACUGAUAAUGCUGUAAAGGACCCUGCUUCAUACUGGUUGACAUAUAUCCCAAAGAUAUCCGAGGGUUUAUUGUAGAUCCCAACUGGAAGAAGCGAUGGAUAUGAAGGAUCGAAGGCACCGCUCCCUGACUCGAGGCCGGUGUGGAAAGGAAUUCCACUACACCAGCUCCUCCCUGGACAGUGAGGACUGCCGAGUGCCGACGCAGAAAUCCUACAGCUCCAGCGAGACACUCAAGGCGUACGACCACGACUCCAGACUGCACUAUGGGAGCCGCGUUGCUGACCUUGUGCAUAGGGAAUCAGACGAGUUCUCCAGGCAAGGUAACUUUACGCUGGCUGAGCUGGGGAUUCGCGAGCCCACCCCCCAUCAGGGUGGUUAUAGCUCUGACAUGGGGCUGCUGCACCACGGCUACUCCCUGAGCGUGGGCUCGGACGCAGACACCGACACGGAGGGCGCCAUGUCUCCAGAACAUGCCAUUAGGUUGUGGGGAAGAGGAAUAAAAUCCCGGCGCAGCUCUGGUCUUUCGAGUCGUGAGAACUCCGCCCUUACACUGACAGAUUCAGAAAAUGACAAGUCUGAUGAUGAAUCAGGUCGUGCCAUUCCACCCACACCCUCAUCCAGCCUCCUCCCUCCUGCCCCACCGCCCACUGGCUCCCAUCAUCCUUCACCAGUUGCUGUUAGAGAUUGCCAGAUGCGAUUACUAGACAGCAACACCUCCCGUGCCAUCCUGGACUCCAAUCCUGACGAGUUCUCUCCCAACUCAUACCUGCUGAGACCUUGUGCCGGGCCACAACACUCCUCAAGUGGGGGCCCUCCGAAUCACCACAGCCAGUCAACGUUGAGGCCGCCUCUUCCCCCACCACACAACCACCAGACGCUGUCACAUCACCACUCUUCUGCCAACUCGCUCAACAGGAACUCCCUGACCAACCGACGAAACCAGACCCACGUGCCGUCCUCUGCUCCCAACGAUGUGCCCACCACCCCUGAGUCUGUGCAGCUGCAGGACAGCUGGGUCCUCAACAGCAACGUGCCACUCGAGACCAGGCAUUUCCUUUUCAAGACGUCUUCAGGGACGACACCCCUCUUCAGCAGCUCAGCUCCAGGCUACCCUCUGACAUCCGGCACUGUCUACUCUCCACCGCCUCGACUCCUGUCCAGGAAUGCCUUCUCCCGGAACACGUUCAAGCUGAAGAAACCGUCCAAGUACUGCAGCUGGAAAUGUGCUGCCAUCUCUGCCAUCGGCGCAGCACUACUCCUGGCUAUACUGCUCUCCUAUUUCAUAGCCAUGAACCUGCUAGGACUGAACUGGCAGCUGCAGCCGGCUGAUGGUCAUGUGAUCAACAACGGAUUGAGCACAGGGUUACCUGGCAACAGUGAUGUAGCAACAGUGCCAUCUGGAGGCCGAGGACCGUGGUCUUUCCGGAACACCAGUAUCGACACCGGGGACCUGGAAAUUGGUCGAAGAGUAACCCAGGAAGUACCUCCCGGAGUGUUCUGGAGGUCACUGCUUCAUCUCAUCCAACCCCAGUUUCUGAAGUUCAACAUUUCUCUCGGGAGAGAUGCUCUGUUUGGAGUUUAUAUCAGGAAAGGACUUCCCCCAUCACACGCUCAGUACGACUACAUGGAACGCCUGGAUGGGAAGGAGAAGUGGAGUGUGGUGGAGCAUCCUCGCGAGCGUCGCAGUAUUCACACAGUGGUUCUCAAUGAAGCUGUCUUUAUGCAGUAUCUGGACCCUGGGACCUGGCACCUGGCAUUUUACAAUGAUGGGAAAGAUAAGGAGGCCAUCUCAUUCAGCACUGCCAUCCUAGACUCAGUGCAGGAGUGUCCUAGGAAUUGCCAUGGCAAUGGAGAAUGUGUUUCUGGAGCCUGUCACUGCUUCCCAGGAUUCCAUGGGACUGACUGUUCUAAAGCUGCCUGCCCAGUCCUAUGCAGUGGCAAUGGUCAAUAUAGCAAGGGAGCCUGCCUCUGCUACAGUGGAUGGAAAGGGCCUGAAUGUGACGUUCCCAUCAGCCAGUGCAUUGACCCCACCUGCAGUGGUCAUGGCUCUUGCACUGAUGGCAGCUGCAUCUGCACUUUGGGAUACAAAGGGGAGAGCUGUGAAGAAGUGGACUGUUUGGAUCCAACUUGCUCAAACCAUGGGAUAUGUGUGAACGGAGAGUGCCACUGUAGUCCUGGCUGGGGGGGGCUUAACUGUGAGCUACCCCGAUCCCAGUGCCCUGACCAGUGCAACGGGCAUGGCACCUUCAUCCCUGACACUGGCCUUUGCAGCUGUGAUCCAAACUGGAUGGGGCCUGACUGUUCAGUGGAGGUGUGUUCAGUGGACUGUGGCACCCAUGGGGUGUGUAUGAGCGGAGCAUGCCGAUGUGAAGACGGGUGGACUGGAAUAGCAUGUGACCAGCGGGUUUGCCAUCCCCGAUGCGUGGAACACGGGACCUGUAAAGAGGGGAAGUGCGAAUGCAGAGAGGGCUGGAAUGGAGAACACUGCACCAUCGAUGGCUGUCCUGAUCUGUGCAAUGGCAAUGGGAAAUGUACCCUCGGUCAGAACAGCUGGCACUGUGUCUGUCAAACCGGCUGGAGAGGGCCUGGAUGCAAUGUUGCCAUGGAAACCUCCUGUGCUGAUAACAAGGAUAAUGAGGGAGAUGGCCUUGUUGAUUGCAUGGACCCAGACUGCUGUCUCCAGAGUCCCUGCCAAUCGAAUCCACUGUGCCGAGGCUCACGAGAUCCUCUACAAAUCAUCCAGCAGAGCAAGUCACCUUCCCAGAAAGUCAGGUCCUUCUAUGACAGAGUGAAGAUGCUAGUUGGCAGGGAUAGCACUCACAUCAUUCCUGCAGACAAUCCCUUUAAUGCAAGUCUGGCGUCUUUGAUCAGAGGCCAGGUUUUAACGACAGAUGGGACUCCACUCGUUGGUGUUAAUGUUUCCUUUGUGAAGCAUCCACAGUAUGGAUAUACUCUAACACGCCAGGAUGGAACGUUUGAUCUGAUUGCUAACGGCGGUGCCUCUCUGACCCUGCACUUCGAGCGCGCGCCUUUCCUGAGUCAGGAGCGCACAGUGUGGCUGCCAUGGAGCAGUUUCUAUGCCAUGGACACCAUGGUGAUGAAGACCGAGGAGAACUCCAUCCCAAGCUGUGAUCUGAGCGGCUUUGUGCGCCCGGAUCCCAUUGUCAUCUCCUCACCGCUCUCCUCAUUCUUCAGCUCCACGCCUGGGCAGAACACCAUCGUUCCAGAGACUCAGGUCCUUCACGAACGUAUUGAAAUCCCCAGCACCAGCCUCAAGCUUUGCUAUCUCAGUUCCCGCACCUCAGGGUACAAGUCUCUUCUGAAGAUCACUAUGACCCAGACACUGGUACCCCUCAACCUGAUCAAGGUCCAUAUGAUGGUGGCAGUAGAAGGGCAUCUAUUCCAGAAGUGGUUCCAUGCCUCCCCAAACCUGGCUUUCACCUUCAUCUGGGACAAAACUGAUGCAUAUGGCCAGAAGGUCUAUGGGCUUUCAGAAGCUGUUGUAUCUGUUGGCUUUGAGUACGAGACCUGCCCAAGUCUGAUUCUAUGGGAGAAGAGAACAGCAGUUCUUCAGGGGUAUGAGCUGGACCCCUCAAACCUCGGAGGGUGGUCUAUAGAUAAACACCAUGUCCUAAACGUCAGAAGUGGUAUUCUUCACAAAGGAAACGGGGAGAAUCUCUUUCUUACCCAGCAGCCUGCAGUGAUUACUAGCAUCAUGGGUAACGGCCGUCGACGCAGCAUCACCUGCCCCAGCUGCAGCGGCCUGGCUGAUGGGAACAAGCUCCUCGCCCCUGUGGCGCUCGCAGUAGGCAUUGAUGGCAGUCUCUACAUCGGGGAUCUUAACUUUGUGAGGAGGGUGUUUCCUUCCAUGAACACGACUAGUAUCCUGGAGCUCAGAAACAAAGAUUUUACACACAGCAACAACCCAGCUCAUAAAUAUUUCCUGGCUGUGGACCCAGUUACAGGAGCACUGUACGUUUCAGACACCAACAGCCGGCGCAUUUACCGCAUAAAGUCGCUUAUGGGCAGCAAACAGCUGUCAGAAAACUCUGAGGUGGUGGCAGGGACAGGGGAGCAGUGUCUGCCUUUUGAUGAGGCCCGUUGUGGGGACGGAGGGAAGGCAGUUGAGGCCACACUCAUGAGCCCCAGAGGCAUAGCUGUGGACAAGAAUGGGUUAAUGUAUUUUGUGGAUGCAACCAUGAUCCGCAAAGUGGACCAGAAUGGAAUCAUCUCAACCCUUCUUGGAUCCAACGACCUGACUGCUGUUCGACCACUCAGCUGUGACUCCAGUAUGGACGUGAGCCAGGUUCGCUUAGAAUGGCCCACAGAUCUCGCCAUCAACCCUAUGGACAACUCUCUCUAUGUCUUGGAGAACAAUGUGAUUUUACGCAUAACGGAGAACCAUCAGGUCAGCAUCAUUGCUGGGCGACCCAUGCACUGCCAGGUCCCUGGCAUUGACUACUCCCUGAGCAAGCUGGCCAUACACUCUGCUCUGGAGUCUGCCACUUCCAUUGCCAUGUCCCACACCGGGGUGCUGUACAUCGCUGAAACAGACGAGAUGAAGAUGAACCGCGUGCGUCAGGUCACCACUAACGGGGAGAUCUCUCUGCUGGCCGGGGUCGCCUCUGACUGCGACUGCAAAAACGACAUCAACUGUAACUGCUUCACCGGUGAUGACGGCUACGCCACGGACGCAAGCUUGAAUUCUCCUUCUUCCCUGGCGGUUUCACCAGACGGCACCCUCUACAUUGCAGACCUGAGUAAUAUCCGGAUCAGAGCGGUAAACAGCAAUCGGCCAGUUCUGAACUCGGCAUACCAAUACGAAGUGGCUUCCCCGAGAGAACAGGAAAUGUACGUCUUUAAUGAGGAUGGGAUCCACCUGCACACGCUGAGUCUAGUCACUGGCGAGCCCUUGUAUAAUUUUACCUAUAACCCAAACAAUGAUGUUACUACAGUGGUGGAUAACUGCAAUAAUACCUUAAAGGUUCGAAGGGAUUCCACUGGCAUGCUGCGCCUCGUGCUUUUGCCAGACAGUCAGAUUGUUACCUUAAGCGUUGGCACCAACGGUGGGCUGAAGUCUGUGUCACUUCAAAACCUGGAGCUAGCAUUGAUGACCUACGAAGGCAACAGCGGGUUGUUGGCCACUAAAUCGGACGAAACUGGAUGGACGACAUUUUAUGAGUAUGACAAUGAGGGCCGGUUGACCAAUGUCACUUAUCCGACUGGCGUGGUGACCAGCCUGCACCGUGAAAUGGAGAAAUCCAUCAAUAUUGAUAUUGAGAACUCCAACAGGGAUGACGAUGUCACCGUUAUCACAAACCUUUCUUCAGUGGAAGCAUCUUACACCGUGGUCCAAGAUCAAGUAAGAAACAGCUACCAGCUGUGUAACAAUGGCACACUGCGGGUGAUGUAUGCGAACGGGAUGGGUAUCAGCUUCCACACUGAGCCUCAUAUUCUGGCGGGCACCGUGAGCCCGACCAUUGGGCUGCGCAACAUCACCCUGCCCAUGGAGAACGGGCUGAACUCCAUUGAGUGGCGUCUGAGGAAGGAACAAAUUAAAGGGAAGGUCACUGUGUUUGGGAGAAAACUCAGAGCACAUGGAAGAAACUUGUUGUCCAUCGACUUUGACCGAAACACUCGCACAGAAAAGAUUUAUGACGACCAUCGCAAGUUCACCCUGAGGAUUGUUUAUGACCAGCAAGGCCGCCCAUCCUUAUGGCUCCCCAGCAGUGGUCUCGCGCCAGUCAACGUGUCUUACUCCGCCAGCGGGCAACUCGUGGGUCUGCAGCGAGGGGCAAUGAGCGAGAGAACAGAGUAUGACAGCCACGGCAGGAUUGUGUCCCGCUCCUUUGUGGAUGGCAAGAUAUGGAGCUACUCUUACUUGGAAAAGUCCAUGGUGCUACUUCUGCAGAGCCAGCGGCAGUACAUCUUUGAGUUUGAUGCCUCAACCCGGGUCACUGCUGUCACCAUGCCUAGUGUGGCACGACACACCAUGUCCACUCACACCUCCAUCGGCUACAUCAGAAACACCUACAACCCCCCGGAAAGCAAUGCCUCCGUCAUUCAUGACUUUAGCGAAGACGGCAGACUCCUAGACACAUUGUUCUUGGGAACUGGUCGCAAAGUGUUUUACAAAUACGGCAAGCUAUCCAAACUGUCCGAAGUCUUGUACGACAGCACUGUGGUCACCUUUGGCUACGAUGAAACCACUGGAGUCCUUAAAAUGGUCAACCUGCAGAGUGGCAGCUUCUCCUGCACCAUCCGUUACAGGAAAAUCGGUCCUUUGAUAGACAAGCAGAUCUAUAGGUUUUCAGAGGAGGGCAUGGUGAAUGCAAGGUUUGACUAUACCUACCAUGAUAACAGCUUCCGCAUCGCCAGCAUGAAGCCAGUUAUCAGUGAGACUCCUCUCCCAGUUGACCUUUACCGCUAUGAUGAGAUUUCCGGCAAGGUGGAACAUUUUGGUAAGUUUGGAGUCAUCUACUACGACAUCAACCAGAUCAUCACUACCGCAGUCAUGACACUCAGCAAACACUUCGAUACCCACGGGCGCAUCAAAGAAGUUCAGUACGAGAUAUUCCGUUCGCUGAUGUAUUGGAUGACUGUUCAGUAUGACAGCAUGGGAAGGGUAACUAAAAGAGAGCUCAAACUUGGCCCAUACGCCAACACAACAAAAUACACAUAUGAGUAUGAUGGAGAUGGACAACUUAAUGCCGUAAAAGUAAAUGACUGGCCAACAUGGCGCUACAGUUAUGACCUGAAUGGGAACUUGCAUCUCCUGAACCCUGGCAACAGUGCCCGAUUGAUGCCACUUCGCUAUGACCUGAGGGACCGUAUCACACGUUUGGGGGAUGUUCAGUACAAGCUGGAUGAAGAUGGUGUCCUGUGUCAACGUGGGUCGGAUAUAUUUGAGUACAACUCCAAAGGUCUGCUGGUCAGGGCCUACAGCAAAAGCAGUGGCUGGAAUGUCCAGUAUCAUUACGAUGGACUAGCAAGGAGGGUCUCCAGCAAGAACAACCUGGGCCAACACAUUCAGUUUUUCUACGCCGAUCUCAACAACCCAGCCAGGGUGACCCACGUUUACAAUCAUUCCAGCUCAGAAAUCACCUCCCUGUACUAUGAUCUGCAAGGCCACCUGUUUGCAAUGGAGAUCAGCAGUGGAGAGGAGUAUUACAUUGCCUCUGAUAAUACUGGAACCCCGCUGGCUGUCUUCAGCAGCAACGGGCUCAUGAUCAAGUUGCUGCAGUACACCGCCUACGGGGAGAUAUAUCACGACUCCAACAUGGAUUUCCAGCUCGUCGUGGGCUUCCACGGAGGCUUGUAUGACCACCUCACCAAACUAGUUCACUUCAUGCAGAGAGAUUAUGAUGUCCUGGCUGGCCGAUGGACUGCUCCAGAUUACGGCAUGUGGCAGAAGAUUGGCAAAGAACCGGCUCCAUUCAAUUUGUACAUGUUUAAAAACAACAACCCACUCAGCGACACAUUGGACUUGAAGAAUUAUGUUACAGAUGUGAAAAGCUGGCUGGUGAUGUUCGGAUUCCAGCUAAGCAAUAUCAUCCCUGGCUUCCCCAAGCAUCGGAUAUAUUUUGUGGAACCUUCGUACGAGCUCUUAGUGAGCCAAGACUGUGAAAAUGGACAGCUGAUCACUGGAGUCCAACAAGCAGCAGAGAGGCACAACCAAGCAUUCAUGGCUCUUGAAGGAAGAUUACUGAACAAAGACAAACAGGUCGGAAAAAGGGACACACCAGGCCGCUGGUUCGGAACCAAUAAACCAAUUAUUGGAAAAGGCAUCAUGUUUGCGAUCAAAAAUGAAAGAAUUGCAACUGGGAUCACUAUCAUAGCGAGCGAGGACAGCAGGAAGAUAGCUGCGGUUCUCAACAAUGCCUAUUAUUUGGAAGGGACUCAUUACACCAUAGAAGGGAGGGACAGCCAUUACUUUGUGAAACUUGGGUCUGCUGACAGCGACCUCAUUACACUGGGUAUGAGUAGCGGCCGCAAAGUGCUGGGGAGCGGCAUCAACAUCACUGUCACCCAGCAAACGCUUCUGGUCGGAGGGAGGACUCGUAGAUUUUCAAAUAUCGAGUUUCAGUACGCCACUUUGUCAAUGAACAUCCGCUAUGGCUUGACGAUGGAGACUGUGGAGGAAGAGAGGAACAGAGUGUUGGAUCAGGCUAGGUUGAGAGCUAUGGCUACAGCUUGGUAUAAGGAGCAACAGAACGCCCGAGACAGCAAAGAGGGCAGCAGAUUAUGGACUGACGGAGAAAAGCAACAGCUCUUGAAUACAGGGAGAGUCCAGGGAUAUGAUGGCUACUACAUACUGCCAAUAGAGCAGUAUCCAGAAUUGGCUGACAGUAGCAGUAAUAUCCAGUUCCUCCGUCAAAAUGAAAUGGGCAAAAGGUAACAAACUAGAUUGCUUUGACCUAUCGACACACGACCUGCAACAGUAAUUAAAAACUUCUGAAUCUGUCUCCUCUCCUAAGGAGAUUAAACUAUUGAAGGGGGUACUCAAUAAAGACUGAAAUAAUAAAAAUACUCUAAAUAUAGACUUUUAUGCCACACAAUUGGCACAAAGGACUUUCUUUAAAAAAAAUGAAAAAGCAUUCAGAGCUAAAAAGAAAAACAAUUGUUGCAAAAAGUACCCCUUUUUUAAAUGUAACCCAGAUUUUGGGGGUUUUCUGAAGAAAGAAAAUAUGACGGCUUCAGAGAAUGUUCAAGUGAAAUUAUUAUUUUGCAAAAGGGAUUUAAAGAUGGUUGCUUGGAAUGGGGUAAAUGUCUUGAGUUAAAUAUGACUUGUCAAGCUGAUUGUGCUUAUAGUUAAAAACUAAAUUGGCAAAGAGCCUGGAAGGUUCUUAAGAACUCAACACACACACACACACAAACACACACACAAACACAGACUGUCUCAGGCCCUUAAUGCAUAUAAAGACUGUAAACUGCUGAUUAAGAAAAAUGACAAGAGCAAACUCUCAAUUCCAAAAAAGGUGGCUAUAAUUACAGUAAAUAAUGUCAUACAUUGUCUUUUUUUUAAACUACAUAGUGUCAGAUAACACAUUUGUUCAGGGUGUAAUUUACUUAGAUUAAAUAGUUUUGUAAGUAUCAGUUUCAGUAGAUUUGUGGACAAUGUAUCACACUGUUAAAAGUGGUCACCAAUGUACACAAACAAAAGUGUCACAGCUCAAAAUAAAAUCAAGAACGUAUUUAUUUGUUCAUUUAUUUAAUUCCAUUUUUUGUUUUCAGCCUUGUACUCUAUGACAAUCAUGCAGCAGUCACCAGAAAAAAGAAAAAAAGAAACUUUGGUGCAAAGACAUAUUUUUUUUUCUUUUUGUAAUAUAUGUAAGAAUUGUUCAUUAAGGUUUUUAUAUUAAUUUUAAUUUGCUGCUCAGCAAAUUAGUCGCAGAAAAAAAAUAUGUAAAGUGUUUUAAAAAUGGUUUAUACUUAAAAAAUAAAGUCUUUAAAACUGUGAACAUUUGUUUUGAAAAUGAAUAUGUAUGUACAGUAUAUAGAGCUGCCCCUGUGCAGCACAGUAAAAUAUUGUUGAAACAAAUGCUAUUGAGUUUUAUAUUUCUAAAAAAAAAAAAAAAAACAUAAAAGUGGGUUGAAUGCUGUUGCAAUAAUGUAACCAUUACAUGAAAAAAAAAGAAACAAUCUCGAUUAUAACAAAGGCAGUCCUCUAACACACAGAAGUAAGGUUAGACACGAGCAUUAGCCCCUCGGGUUUGAGUUUCAGAACUACCCUUGUUUACCGCCUAAAUAAUGUGAAACGUCUCAUAGAAAACAUGAAUGAUAGGAAUAGCAAUCAUGUAAUAUGAAUUUGCAUUAAUUACGCAGUGUGGAUAUUAGUUGUAUUGUUUAAAUGGACAGUUUUGACGCUUCUAUAGCACUUAGCGGACUAUUAGCUGGCAAAAAUGUAUUGUUUCACAAAAUAUUUCAAAACGAUGCAGUUUUACAGAAAGCAGCUCGGCUUGUCUAAAUGGUUAAAACAAGGUUAUCAUCUUGAGCCCCACACUUUUUGUUGUUAAUUUGUAGGUGUUUCCCAUUUCAAGGCUCCUAAUAGGUUUUAAAAGACUGCAAGGGCCCUCAGUAAGUAGUCUUUGGUACAAGCAAGUACACAAGUUUAAACGUGACACACAUUUAAUGAGCACAAACAUACUGAAGCUGUGUCUUUGAGUCAAUCUCUUUUUGUUUUUUGCUGCUCUUCAGUCAGCAGUUCGGUUUUAGUAAGGUAAACAUGUUUUACGUUUCCCUGUUUCCCUGUAUUUUUGUCCGGUUCUUUAAGAUCUCACUUAAGCUAGAUUUAGCAGACUGCUACUUUGAAGUUCUGUGAUAGUAGACUGGUGACUGGAGUUUGAGCAAUCAGGCACUUGCAAAAUGUGCUUUGAUUACACUUCUCACAGGAAGGUUAAUGCAGUAAUACAUCUCGCCUGUGUCGGCAGGUCAUUUAUCUGCAACAAGAUCUGUUCAGGCAGCUAUAGAUGGUGGCAUUUAUUUUAAGCCGAGGGCCAACUGAAGAGAGCUGACUGCUCAAAUUUUUGGCACUUGACAACAUAGAGUACCUAAAUAAGGGUAUUUCUGAGGUACUGUGUCCAAUUCUACAGAUUGUACAGCUGCAGUCCACCUAAACAUGCUUAUAUAUGAUGUUUUGUAAUUGCUUGAUGAAUACACUAUCUGAAGACUGGUUCACAACUAGACUACAUUCAGACAUGCAGCCAAACUGAAACUAAACUGUAGAGACCAUUCCGAACAAGCAUGACAUCAUGACAUCUCUGAAAAGACAUUUGAUUCAAAACAUGUACAAAACAUGAACUUUACACUUGGUGUAAAGUGUAUUUUGUGUUAAAGUAUUCUGUAUUCCCAUUCAUUAGCAAAUGUUUGCUUGAAAAAGCAGUCAUCUGUGCUGUUAAAGGAUCACCAGUAUUGCAUUGCUAUAUGUAAAAAAAAAAAAAAAAAAAAACUAAAAAAAAAACUGUUAUGUAAUUCCAUUGUCAAGUGUUUAAAUUGCCAAUAUUACAAUUUUUCUUUUAUUACACAUUGAAAUUGUGGAUUAUAUUAACAUUACGAACACACAUUAUUGGGGAUUCCAUAGGCAACUGUUUGUCUUAUGACAUGUAACUCCUUUUUAUGCUUGUUCGCAGUUAAGACAAGAACAUAA